AACCUUCUCGCCCGUGCUGCUGCUCCUGCUUCUCCUUCCGAUGUGGACUUUCUGGUGCCAAGCGGGAUCUCACAUGCACCUUUGAGGCUUCAAGGAUGUUCCAGCUCGAUGGGACUCUGUCAGCCGUCACUUAUGCGCUCCUGUUGGGAAUAACGAGUGUGGCCGUCGUCUGCGAUCGCUCCAAGGGCUCCUCGGACAUCUCAGGCUACUUGUCCGAAGUGUUGAAGAACUACACGGAGCAGGCCUGUGACGGUGAACUCCUGUCUGUUCGCUGCCCGCCACGCACCACCAUCACCGUCCAAUCAGCUUUUUACGGAAGGAAAGGCUCCUCCGACCUCCAUCAGUGCCCUCAGAGCUACCAGGCCCUCCUUGGUUAUUACGAUGCUCGGGGGGAUGAGUACUGCUCUGUGUCCACUGCACUACAGAAAAUGCUGGAUGAGUGCCAAGACAGAAGGAGCUGUCAAGUUCUUGUCAACAGCCGCGUGUUUGGGAUGGACCAUUGUCCCGGCAGCGGCAAAUACCUCACAGUGUUGUACAAGUGCAGACCCAAUGAAUAUAAAAGCAAAGUUGUGUGUGAGGAGGAUAGGAUGAGACUGAGCUGCAAACGGGGGAUGCAGAUCGUUGUCUACUCCGCAAUGUUCGGUCGAACCCAACAGGGCGCUCUGGAGUGUCCCCUGCCCCACAGGAGGGCUUCAUCAAUGGAUUGCCAGUCGUCCAUUGCCCUGCAGGUUGUGACGUCCCGCUGUCAGGCCAAGAAGAGCUGCGUGCUUCGAGCCUCAUCCAGGGAAUUUGGGGAUCCCUGCUACUCUGGCACCAGGAAGUACCUCAGCGUCAUCUACACCUGUGUCCCAAAGAAGCUACUCCAGGAACAAAUCUCCAGACCACCAGCGUACUCCCCACCAUCCAGCGCCCAUGACCCCAACAUAGUGGGAGACAGCCCUCCUGAGGGGACCUCGGUCAAACGCCCCGACAUUGUUCCAGACCGGAAGCGCACCAGAGAGACCAGUGCCAACCAGGAGAGGUAUCCAGAGGUCGGAAGAGGGGGAGGCGAGACUCCGUUGAGGCCCCCGGAGAUGAAUCCCAUUAUCAACUCCACUUCCAGCUCCAGCAUGGCCCUUAUUAGCAACGCACUGGCGGCCUACACAUACGUUUCAAACCACCCAGAGAGGGCAGCGCUCUUCUUUGUCUGUGGCGUCUGUCUGGGCCUCUUCCUCACCCUCUUCGCGCUGGUGGUCCAGAUCUCCUGUCGCACUGACUGCCAGCCCCGCCGGCAGCCCGCCGCCAAGAAACGAGCGCGCCCCACCGACGACUCGUCGUCGGACUCCAGCGACUCCGACUCAGACUGGGACGCCAGCUCGGACCUGUCGGCGCGGCGGCACCGACGCUUCGAGCGCACGCUCAACAUGAAUGUGUUUACGUCGGCUGAGGAGCUGGAGCGGGCGCAGAGGCUCGAGGAGAGGGAGCGCAUCAUCAGGGAGAUCUGGAUGAACGGGCAACCAGACGUCCCCGGAACGCGGAGUCUCAAUCGGUAUUACUGACCUCCGUUUUGAAUGGAACACUUACUUGAACAAGACUUAGGAUGGUUCGCACCUGCCAACCGACAGGGGGUAAUACAGACUUGAGAGGAGAGAAUUCCCCCUGAGGUCGUUAGCCUUUUCCUUUGGGUAUCAUAAGUUUUACCCCAUCUGUGGAGUGUUUUUUCGCCUCCUCUGCAUCUCAGCUGUAGCGUACCGCCGGAAGCGAGGGGAUGAAAGGCUAAACUGCCUCGCCUGUGACCUCAAGAGGCCUUUUUUUUUUUUUUUUUUAAGUGGGCCGUUAUGGUUUUUAGCUGCCUUGGACCAGUACAGGCCUGUGGACACUUCACGGCGAUUAAAGGAGCGAGGACUCAGGCAGCUGUAACUUACUUCUUUAGCCAGCAUGCAAGCCCAAGAACUCCACAGGACAAUCUUUUUUUUUUUCCACAGAAUAUGCUGCCUUUUACAAAACCAAAAGAUAUUUUGUUUUUUUGCCCCCCUCAACCCUUAUGAAAUCUAUUUUAUAAUAUUUAAUAGUUUAUUGAUGUUUGUGUAUUUUUGUUCUCACGUAUAGUUUAUAAUGAGAUAUUUUUAUACUUGGCAAAGGUGGUCCGGCGCCUCAGGGAUACAAUCCUACAGUGUCUGUGUUUGGUUUUGCCUUCUAAGAGGGGGAUCAGCCCUUUUUUUAAUCAUGUACGUUGGCAUUUAAAGAGAAAAAAAAAUAACAUACAGAGAGCCUCAAAGAGGUUUUUAGUGAUUUAACCUUAUUUUUGAUACAGUAUGUGGAACUCACAGUGCAGUGCCUUUUCAAGCUAUGAGGUCUCUCGCAGAUCUAUUGACUAGAAAUACCAAAUAAUCGAGUGUAUUUCCUUUUCGUCAUUUUUAGUUGCUUUUGCUAAAGUGAAACACGUGUUGAACGGAACUCAUAACCAUCUGGAAGCAUCCAUCACUGUGAGAUAAGAUUUCAAAUCACAUGGCCAAAUAUUAAUAUAAGCUAUUUACAAUCCAGUUCUGUUUGUGCUUCUCUGGAUUCAAGUGCAGAAAUGACAAUAUUUUUCACUUAAAAUGUUGUUUUGGGUUUUUUUUAAACUUGAGUAACGGAUAGCACACAGAACAUAUUAUGGUCACCCACAUUGGGACAGCCUGUCUAAGCUGUAUUUUUUUUUUAGAACUUUUCUUGUUUUCAUUUGAAUAUGAACAUGGCGAUAGCUGACUAAACGCGAGACCAAGAGAUGACUCCUGUGUUUGGAAUAAACUGUUCAAAAAUAUUACGUCUUCUGGUUCAUUUAGGUUAAAUAAUGUAAAAAUAUAUCGUUAACAGGGUGGGCCAAACGUAGGUAUACGCUUUUUAAAUUGUAUUUCUUUACAGGUACUGUGAAUAAUGGGAAAUAAUUUGAGUCAAAAACAAACUAAGUUUACUCUACAACAGUAAUUGGAGGGAGAUGGGAGAAAGGAUGGAAGGAUGCAAAAUCUGUAAGUCGAAGGGAAGGAAUGUAGGUAGGAAUGAGGCAGAAAGUAAAAAAGGAAAAAGUGGGUCUGAGGUAAGGAAAGAGGAAAGGAAAUCUAAGGGACAGAAGGAGGUAAGUGCAUGUUUAAAAAGUGAGUGAAAAAAGGAAGGAGGGAGAAAAAGAAGCAAGGAAUGAUGUAAGGAUGCAUGAAUGAAAAUGUGAUGGAAGGAGGGAAGAAAAUAAGGAAAAGAUGCCAGGAAAAAAAACAAGUCUGGGGAAAGAAGGCCGAAAAGUAGGUUUCCGCGAGGGAAAGAUUCAUGUAAGGAUGCAUAAAAAAACAAUUCUGAAGGAAAGAAGGAGCUCAUGUUUAAAGGAAGGUCAGGAAGGGAAAAAUGCCAUUUUAUUAUUAUUUUUUUAAGUGUGCCUACUUUUGACCCUCCCUGAAAAUAGUGUUGAGCAAUUCAAGGACGCACACCCAGAAAUAGAACUCACUUUAUUAUUCAUGUUAGACUCCUGCUAAGCAAUACUGUCGAACCAGCCGUCUUUCUUAGCUUUGCUCGCCCCUUGGUGGUCAAACAUGGCCCCCACACUCUGCAAAAGAAAACACAAACUCCUUCAAAUAAAAGCACUUACUUGAAUUCAGCUGCCACUGUGGUUUUAUUAAUAUUGUAUUCAACUAUGUACUGUAUAAAC